AUGGUGAAUCCAUCUAAGACAGAAUCCAGUGGAGAGUUCAAGUUUGCCCAGACAGUGAUCUUCACUGUUCAGGAGAUCAACAGAAAAUCAGAACUGCUCCCAGGCAUCACGCUGGGCUACAGGAUCUACAAUGGCUGUGGAACCCUGAACCUGCUGAGAGCAGCAAUGGCAGCUGUGACGGGUCAUGUGGAGCAGCAGGGCGAGACCUGCACCAUGCCCAGAGUAAAAGCUCUCAUCGGCCAUUCCUCAUCUGGACCCAGCCAGACGAUAAGCAAGAUUCUCACCCCCUUCCAUGUUCCAGUGAUCAGUCACCUUGCCAUCUGUGAAUGUCUGAGCAACAGGCAGCUAUACCCCACCUUUUUCAGAACAGUGCCCAGUGACUACUUCCAGAUCAUAGCUCUGGUGCAGCUCAUGAAACACUAUGGAUGGACCUGGGUGGGACUUGUUUAUGGUGUGGGGACCUAUGCUGAAGAGGGAUCAGCUGCAUUUAUCAGAGAAGCAAAGAAAGAGGACAUCUGCAUCGAAUACAUACUGCGUUUCAGCAGAACUUACACACAGAAUAAAGUUAUUGAAAUGGCUCAGGCAAUAAAAAGCGCAACUUCCAAAGUUGCUUUAGCCUUCAUGUCCAAGUCCUACUUUAAAAGUUUCUUAGAAAAAAUGGAGGGGAUGAACCUCACAGGCAUACAGUGGAUUGACAGCGAAUCCUGGAUCACUAGUGGAGAUUUAUUAACAGACAGGAGAGUGGAGCUCCUGCAGGGAGCCAUGGGCUUUGCCAUCACAGAGUCUCAAAUCCCAGGCCUCCCUGAGUUCCUGCUGAGUCUGAAGCCAUCUGAUACCCCUGACAGCACCUUCCUCAGAUCUUUCUGGGAGACAGUAUGGCUAAAAGAAGAUGGCCACAAGAGCGUCUUUAAUGGAAGGAUUCUGGGAUUUAUGCUUCUUGCAUUUUCCAUACUUGGGAUUUCCCUGACAGCAACAGUGGGAAUAAUUUCAUUUUGGCACAGAAACACCCCAAUCAUCAGGGCCAACAACUCUGAGCUCAGAUUCCUGCUGCUCUUCUCAUUGAAACUGUGUUUCCUUUGCUCCCUCACCUUCAUCGGACGGCCUUUGGAUUGGUCCUGUAUGCUGCGCCACACAGCGUUUGGGAUCACCUUUGUCCUCUGCAUCUCUUGUGUUCUGGGGAAGACAAUAGUGGUGUUAAUGGCCUUCAGGGCUACACUUCCAGGCAGUAAUGUCAUGAAGUGGUUUGGGCCUCUGCAGCAGAGACUCAGCAUUUUUGCUUUCACUCUCAUUCAGGUCCUUAUUUGUAUCCUUUGGUUAACAAUAUCCCCUCCUUACCCCAACAAGAAUAUGAAACACUACAAAGAAAAGAUCAUUCUGGAGUGUGAUGUAGGAUCAGCAGUGGGGUUCUGGGCUGUGCUGGGCUAUAUUGGUCUCCUCUCUGUCUUGUGCUUUGCACUGGCUUUUCUGGCUUAUAAGGUGCCUUUAGGUGAAGCCAGGUUCCUUUCAGUAUAA